AUGGAUACGGAGGGUUCAUCUGCCUUCAUAGAAGCUGAGUCACUAGAUGAAUCAGCUUUUGUCGUAGCUGCAAGGGAGCAUGGUGGAUCUGUGCUAUCAACAUCACAUGCACAAGUCAAUGAAAUAUCUAUCAGUUGUGAGAAAACAUUAAACAUCAUGAAAUUUUACUUAACGGGGAAGGAUUGUGAGUAUGGGUAA